AUGGAUUUGACAUUCAUCUUUAAGCAGUACGGGACCGGCUUCUGUCACACGCACUCCGAUCCCUCUCUGCAACCAGGGGCCCUCAGAGGACCGCGGGGGCCGGAGUCCCGCCGGUGUGCAGGGACCGGGUGGCCCGGGGCCCUGCGUGACCGGCCGUCGCGGCUGGGCAGCCCCAGGCCCCGCAGGGUCCCGGGCGGGGAUUCCACCGUGACCCGCGCGCCCCUGGGGUGCACUGGCGAGGUCUGCAUUUGGACCGAUUCUUCUCGCUCCUUUGAGAUAGCUGAGCGGGCGCCCCGGGGACAUGCCGGCCGGCCUCGCAGGACGGGCUCGAGCGGGGUCGGACCGCGGGUGGCGGCCGGCAGCCCGCUCGCUCGGGAUUACCUGCCCGGCGGGCAGCUUACCUCGCCAGCUCCCCAGCGAAGCUCGGCGUCGUGUGUUUCGUCUCCUAGGAAACGGCCGGGCGCGCGCCGCCCAGGACGCCCCGCCCCCAGGGGGCGUGGCCGCGCGGCUGGUCCUCGGAGGAGGGCGGGACCCUACGAGAGCGCCUUCGCGCGGAAGAAGUUGUCCAGAUCUCAUCCUGAAUACAUGAUACUUAAAUUGUCAUGCAUGGAGGUUACUUCAAAAUUAAAGAGCAAGAAUGAGAGCGGCAUUCAAUGACGCAUAGCAUUAUCUCGGCUAAGUGGCAUCGCAGAGCUGGGGCCCGGCGCACCUGCCUCAAGGUCGUCCCAGAGGCUGUAGGCAAAAGCCAGAGAAGGUCUGUACCUGCAAGAUCAAAAGGCAGUGAACUCAAAACUCUCCAGGCCCAAAACAUCCCUGUGGUUCACUGCUUUUCCUUCACAGAUGAGUCCCGCCAGGUCGUCCUGCGUAGGAGGAAGUAAUCAAUUAUAUCACCUCAAGGAUGUUUGCUUCUGUCAAAACCACUCUGCAACUGAUCUUUAUCAGUGGGUUUCUAAAUCCAGCGACUUUGUUUACAUGUUUUAUUCCCUGACUUAGAAGAUUUUGCCAUAAUAGGAUAUAUCAUUAAGUAACGGUAUGAAAUGAAGUUCAACAGCUCUGAAAUAAAAUUUAAAACCUACUAGCGUGACAUCAAAAAGACAAGAAAUUAAUGAAACUCUAAUUUUCACUCCCAGCUUCUUUGAUUUCUUAAAAUGAAUGACUCUUGAUUUUGGACACAGUGGACCACCUGGGAGAGAUUGUACUAAAAGAAAACAACAACACAGGAAAAAACAAAAAAAACUCAGGAAAUCUACGGGGUUAUUUUCAGCACAGAAGGUAAAAAAACCUUCACACCUUUAAAAUUCUACACAAGCCUUUGAUUGAUGUACUUUCUAAGUGGCUAAAUACUGGGACCUUGGAGGUAUUUAUUAAGAUGUCUAAUUUUAUAUAAAUAGCUUUUCUAAUAGAUGAAAAGAUUUUUAAUAGAAGAACAUAUCUUUUUAUAGAGGAAAGUUUGAUAAAUUUUCCAGUUAUGUAAAUUGAAAUUUAGUUCUUCAGGGAAAUGGUAUUUUCUUACCAGUACAC